CCCCCUCAUCCACAUCUGUCUCUCAUCUUUCAAUUUCAAUCAACGGUUAUACCCUUUUCUAUUUGAGCAUCAUCAUGUCCACCGCAGCGCAGCCCAAGGCCAAGAAAACGGCGUCGUCCAAGAAGCCCCUCUCCCAUCCUACCUUCGCCGUGAUGAUAGCGGAGGCGAUAGCGAGUCUGAAGGAGAGAACCGGUUCGAGCCAAUACGCGAUAACCAAAUUCAUCGAAGGCAAGCACAAGGAGUUGCCUCCAACCUACAAGAAGCUUGUUCUCGUUCAUCUCAAGAAGUCUGUUGCUGCUGGCAAGCUCGUUAAGGUCAAAAACUCUUUCAAGCUCGCACCGACUAAGUCUGCUCCUGUUAAAGCCGCUGCUGCUCCCAAGAAGCCCACCAAAGCUGCGGCUAAGCCCGCCGCCAAGCCCGCUUCCAAGCCCAAAGCUGCUGCACCUAAGAAGAAGGCUGUUGCCAAGCCCAAGGCCAAAGCUGCGGCCACCAAGCCCAAGGCCAAGCCCGCUAAGGCCGCGCCGAAGAAGGUCGCCGAUAAGCCUGCGAAGAAGACUCCCGUAAAGGCCGUGAAGAAGCCCAAGAGCGUCGUGAAGAAACCUAAAAGCGUGAAAUCUCCAGCGAAAAAGGCCAAGGCUAAGAAGUGAGGGAUUGGAGUGGGUUUUAGUUUGGCGUUAUAGUGUUUAUGUAUUUCGGGUUGAAUCGUAGUAUAGGUGGAUAUAUUUUUAGAAGAGUAUUGAUGUAAAUUCCUUUGCUAGAAAUUUUAACAAGUGUUCUUCUUUUGCAUUGAAUACAGUUUCGUUUUCUUCA